AUGGCCGUCGCCGACGAGAAGUCCGUAGGCAGCUCGACCCUCAAAAGCGGAACGCCCAGUAUGGAUGAGAAACAUGCACACAGCGAGGGUGAACCCUCUGUCCACCAAGGCUCAACCGGCUCACCCGCACACUCUGUCCGGGAUCUCAACAACGAACAGGCCCAGCCAGACCUGGAACAGGUCGCCUCGAGGAAAUCUGGCAAAGAGCUACAGGCCGAGUUAUCGAGAAUCAUGACCAGUGGUGAAGGCGUCGAAUAUCCCACUGGCAUGAAGUUGGGCCUGAUCUCCUUGGCUCUCUGUUUGUCCGUGUUUCUGAUGGCCCUGGACAACACUAUCAUCGCCACUGCUAUCCCCAAGAUCACGGAUCAAUUCCAGAGUCUGCCCGAUGUAGGAUGGUAUGGCAGCGCAUAUCUUCUCACAACGGCAUCCUUUCAGUUGCUUUUUGGAAAGUUCUACACCUACUUCUCGAUUAAAUGGGUUUACCUCAUCGCCAUUGGGAUCUUCGAACUCGGUAGCUUGAUCUGCGGAGUAGCACCCAACUCGACUGCUUUGAUUCUUGGCCGUGCUGUGGCAGGUAUUGGUUCCGCAGGCAUCUUUUCUGGAGCUUUGAUUAUCGUGGCGUACUCGGUCCCUUUGGUUAAGCGGCCCAUGUACACCGGAUUCAUUGGAGCAAUGUAUGGUAUUGCGUCCGUUGCAGGCCCGCUCCUCGGCGGUGUCUUCACGGAUAAAGCAACCUGGAGGUGGUGUUUCUUCAUCAAUCUUCCCAUCGGAGCCAUUACGGUCGUCGCCAUCAUGAUCUUCUUCAAGAAUCCUGAGCGGGCAGCCGUCGCAGAUCUCGGAUGGAAGGCCCGGGUCCAGGAGUUCGAUCUUUACGGUACCCUCGCCUUCAUCCCAUCGAUCGUGUGCCUCCUAUUAGCACUCCAAUGGGGCGGAACCAAGUAUCCCUGGAAGGACGGGAAGAUCAUCGCCCUCUUUGUGAUCUUUGCCGUUUUGGCUAUCGCUUUCGUUUCCAUUCAAUUUUGGAAGCAAGAUUCAGCAACUGUCCCUCCCAGGAUCAUGAAGAAGCGUUCCAUGUGGGCCGCGGCCUGGUUUGCCUUUACUCUUGGAUCCUGCUUCCUCUUGCUCGUAUACUAUCUUCCCAUCUGGUUCCAAGCCGUGAAGGGAGCUAGUGCCGUGAAAUCAGGCAUUAUGAACUUGCCCCUUAUCUUGACGCUUGUCAUUGUCAGUAUUCUUAGUGGUGCCGGAGUCACUGUACUUGGAUAUUAUGCUCCUUUGAUGAUCGCCUCUACCAUUCUUGUAUCAGUCGGUGUAGGAUUGCUUUAUACCUUGACCCCAGAAUCUUCGCAUUCAUAUUGGAUUGGUUACCAAGCUAUUACAGGUAUCGGAAUUGGAAUGGGGAUGCAACAGCCUCUCAUUGCGGUCCAAACCGUGUUAGACAUCUCCGAAGUGCCCAUCGCUACCUCAGUGAUCAUCUUUGCCCAGACCUUAGGUGGAGCUUUAUUCGUCUCUGCCGGCCAGAACGUCUUCACCAACAAACUUGCCGAAAACCUAGCCAAAUACGCCCCUACACUCGACCCCAAAAUCGUCCUCGUCACUGGCGCCACCUCGAUCCAGAGUGCUAUCGACAAGUCUUAUCUCCCGGGCGUCACACUAUCAUACAACAAUGCCCUCACACAAGCCUUCCUUGUCGCUACCGUCAUGGCCUGUAUGACCAUCGUCGGCAGCGCAGCCAUCGAGUGGAAGAGCGUCAAGGGGAAGAAGAUCGAGAUGGCGGCAUAA